AUGUAUGCAGAUUUGCACUUAAAAUAUUCCUCGAAGAAAAAUGCAAAAGCGUUGAUAUUCAAGGCGCUCCAUUCAGGGUAUAGUGUAGUUGCUAUAUGUACAGACUAUGAUAAGAAUACUAAUGACAGUUUUAACGAAUCUUGGAAAAUUAUAAACUGUUUUAGAUAUAAAAUUGCUGAUAUAAUGAAUAAGUCGAAAAAAAGUGAAUCAGGAAAUUAUUUCAUUGAUCAGAUGAAUGAUGAAGAUAUAAUGGAUGACCAUUUAUUAAGAAUAAAUAACAGCAUAGAGGAAAAUUAUAUUUUAGUUAAUAGACCUAAUACCUUAUCCAUCAAAAAUUUAUGCGAUGAUUUUAUGUUAUACGUACGAAAUGAAAUGACAGAAGGGGAGUUGCAAAGUUUGCGUGCAAAUUUGUUGAGCAGUGCUGCUUUGACGUCUAGCGAUGCAAUAACAACUGCUGGUGCUCAGACACAUAGCAGCUGUGCCCCAAAAGAAGUAGACUUUUACCUAUCAAACAACACGAGCACGUAUGUACUAAGAAGGCUGAAUAUAAAAUACGACGAUGCUGUAAAAAUGGGAAAUUACCAAAAAUUAAUAAGAGAAAAUAACUUCAAUCUGAUAGCAAUUGAGAUAAGUUCUCCUGAGGAAGCAGAUAUGACAGCGACUAAAUUUGAUUGUGAUAUAAUUUUUUUUAAUAUGAAAAAAUCUUUUGUUUCUUUAAAAAAAGCAGAUAUACAAAAUGCUUUAGAUAAAGGAAUAUUUUUUGAAGUAUCUUCGUUAAAUACCAUAAAUGAAGAUCAUCAACAUUUUAUUUUUUCAUCAAAUAUAAAUAAUAUUUUUUCAAUUAUUCCAUUAAAUAAAAUUAUUAUCAGUUCAGGAAGUACAAAAGAAAGUGAAAUAAUAGAACCUUUGAAUUUUUUAAGACUCUUUUUUAAUUUCAAUACCUUAACGUGUAAAGAUCUUAUGGCAUGCAUUACAACUGUACCCCUCUCUUGUAUUCAAAGAGCAUCGGUUAGAAAAUCCUUUAACACUGCAGUAUUUUACAAGUAA